GGCCUGUCAAUCAGGGGAGGUGUUGGAGAAAAUGAUGGUUGAAAUAUAGCCUCUGCGUGCGUGUACGCAAGUAUGUGUUGCAUACGUGCUGUUGUGACGCUGGAAUAGGAUGAGCUUUGAUGGGACGUGUGGGGGCAGCUGUUGUUCUUUGGCCAUCAUACUGGACUCGGAAUUAAGGCGUCUGGAGAGGUGGUGCUCAUUGGAGGGCCCAUUGCUAUUAAAGGCAAAAGAGGGAGAUAGAGAGCAGAAUAAGUCACCUCGUGGAGAAGAGCACAUCUUUUAGGAAGAUGCCAGAGCCAGUCAAAAAACCGAUUUCAGCUUUUACGAAGAAGCCAAAGACACAGGAAGCAGAAGAAGGGUCCUCCGUGGUCUUUGAAGCAGAAACCGAGAAGUCUGAUGUUAAAGUUAGAUGGCAGUGCAACACAAAGGACCUUGCCAGCAGCAAAAAAUACGAGAUCGCAGCCAAUGGAAACAAGCAUUCCCUCACGAUAAAAGCCGUUACCCAGGAAGAUGUCAAUACCUAUGCUGUGAUUGCAGGAAGUUCAAAGAUCAAGUUUGAUCUGAAAGUAUCAUCAAAGAAAGAAACUCCAGCUGAGGCUCCUGUUACUCCAUCGGAAGAGUCGAGUGUAACACAAAAGCAGCAGAACGCUACACCUGCGGCCGCACCAAAAGAAGAUGAGGCUACUGCCCCAACACAUGAUGCUCCUCCAUCAGAGGAUGGACAGCCUCCAGACACCAGACAGGACCUCACUGGCCUCUUCACAGAGAAACCCAAAAGUGGAGAGGUCACUGUCGGUGGAAACAUCACAUUUGUGGCUAAAGUCAAUGCUGAAUCGCUGCUGAAGAAACCAACCAUCAAAUGGUUUAAAGGGAAGUGGAUGGACCUGGCCAGUAAAUCUGGAAAACACCUGCAGCUGAAGGAGUUCUAUGACCGUAACACCAAAGUUUACACAUUUGAGAUGCACAUCAUGGAAGCCAAGGGUAAUUUUGCAGGAGCUUACAGAUGUGAAGUUUUGUCCAGAGACAAGUUUGACAGUUGUAAUUUUCAACUCACUGUACAUGAGGCUUGUACUACCGAAGGUUUCGACAUAAGAGCAGCUUUUCGACGCACGAGUGACGCCGCAAUGAAGAGAAGUGGAACAUCAACAAGUAGCACUGAAGGAAAAGAAAACUCGGGAGAACUGGACUUCAGCACAUUGUUAAAGAAGAGCAGCAGUUUCUUAAAAAAUCGAGCCGUGCAGAUGAGCACAGAGCCUGAUGUGGAUAUUUGGGAUAUUCUCAGCCAUGCUCCUGCCUCAGAAUAUGAAAAGAUUGCUUUUCAGCAUGGCAUCACUGAUUUGAGGGGCAUGCUCAAAAGACUAAAGAAGAUGAAGAAGGAGGAGAAAAAAAGUGCAGCUUUCCUGAAGAAGCUAGAUCCCGCCUACCAAGUGACAAAGGGUCAUAAAAUAAAAUUAGCAGUUGAGGUAGCUAAUCCAGAUGUUGAUGUCAAAUGGCUGAAGAAUGGACAAGAAAUACAUCUAACUGGAAGGUGUGAAUGUGUAAACAUUUCAUCAAUGCAACAUCAUUUUUGGAAAAUUGAUUAACUCUUGUAUGUGAAUUUCUCUCUAUGCUUGUCAUUCUUCCACAUCACCAGCAAGUACAUUUUUGAGAGUGUGGGAAACAUGCGCUACCUCACCAUCAACCACUGCUCAUUGGCUGACGAUGCGGCCUACUGCUGUGUAGUGGGAGAGGAGAAAUGCACCACAGAGCUUUUUGUAAAAGAGCCUCCUGUUGUGAUUGUGAAGAACCUAGAGGAUCAGAUGGUCAUGAAGGGUGAACGAGUGGAGUUACAGUGUGAGGUCUCGGAGGAGGGCGCAAAUGUGAAAUGGGAGAAGGACGGUGUGGAACUAACUCGAGAUGAAUCAUUCAAGUAUCGCUUCAAGAAAGAUGGCUGCAAGCAUAUUCUGAUCAUAAAUGAGGCCACAAAAGAAGACUGUGGCCAUUACAAGGUCAAAACUAAUGGCGGCGAGUCUGUGGCUGAGCUCAUGGUGCAGGAGAAAGAGCUGGAGGUCUACCAGAGCAUCGCUGACCUCACAGUGAAGGCGAAGGAUCAGGCGGUAUUCAAGUGUGAGGUGUCGGAUGAGAACGUGAGGGGAACUUGGUACAAGAAUGGAGUGGAAGUCAAGCCAGAUGCCAGAAUAAACAUCACACAUAUUGGCAGGAUUCACAAAUUGACAAUUGACAAUGUCAAACCUGAGGAUGAGGCAGACUACACAUUUGAACCAGAUGGCUACGCUUUCAACCUCUCAGCAAAACUCAAUUUCAUGGAGGUGAAGAUUGACUUUGUGCCACGUCAAGACCCUCCUAAGAUCCACCUGGACUGUAGAGGCCACACAGCUGAGUCUACCAUCGUAGUGGUGACUGGCAAUAAACUUCGCCUGGAUGUCCCUAUCACUGGAGACCCUGCUCCCACUGUUGUUUGGACCAAAGGAGGGAAGGUAAUCAUCCAUUGGUCGUCAUCUGCUCCAAAUACACCAAAUCCUGUUUCCAUAAUGUAGGUCAUCACUGAGGGAGAUGGCCGAGUCCAUGUGGAAACCACCAAAGGCCAUUGUAUUUUCACUAUUGAAGGGGCUGAGAGACAGGAUGAAGGAAUCUAUUCAGUUGUGGUUCGUAACCCUGCUGGGGAAGAUACUGCAGAUAUCAAUGUGAAGGUUGUUGAUGUUCCAGAUCCUCCUCAAGCUCCCAAAAUUCUCAGCGUGGGAGAAGACUCCUGUGUUGUCCAGUGGGAUCCUCCUCUCUUUGAUGGAGGACAGCCGGUUAUUGGAUACGUAUUGGAGCGAAAGAAAAAGAAGAGCUAUCGGUGGAUGAGAUUGAACUUUGACCCAUACACUGAAACAAUCUACGAGGCAAAAAGGAUGAUUGAAGGAGUGGAAUAUGAAAUGCGAGUCUACGCUGUCAAUGGCAUUGGCAUGUCUCGUCACAGUCCGGCCUCACAACCUUUUGUGCCUGUUGCCCCGACAAGUGAGCCCAUUGGACUGUGCGUGGACGACAUUAGCGACACCUCCAUCACACUCAAGUGGCGAGCGCCUGAAAGGAUCGGCUCAGCUGACCUGGAGGGCUAUGGGGUCGAGUACUGCAAGGAGGGCACAGAUGAGUGGAUACCAGCCAUUCAGGGUUUGACCGAGAGGACCUCACUGACAGUCAGAGAGCUUACGACAGGAGACAAGCUGCAGUUUCGUGUGAGGGCAUACAACAUGGCCGGCCCAAGUGCAGCCGCCAUCCUAGCUCAGCCCGUUACCAUCAGAGAGAUCAUGCAACGCCCUAAAAUUUGGCUUCCUCGAAAUCUCCGUCAGACUCUGAUCAAGAAAGUUGGAGACACUGUCAACCUUGUGAUUCCAUUUCAGGGUAAACCCAGGCCUAAGGUUACAUGGAGCAAAGAUGGGCAGCCGCUAAACUCUGCACACGUCAGCAUAAGAAAUAGUGAUACCGACACGAUCCUAUUCAUCCGCAAGUCUGAAAGGAAUCAUUCGGGGCAGUAUGAUCUCCACGUGCAGAUAGAGAACGUGGAAGACAAGGCCAAAGUUAUGCUGCAAAUAGUUGAUGUCCCAGGACCUCCUGAGGCCCUGAAGGUUUUGGAUGUCUGGGGCUUCAAUGUCGCCCUCGACUGGAAGCCCCCUAGAGACGAUGGAAACUGCGAAAUUGCUGGUUACUGCAUUCAGAAAGCUGACAAAAAGACCAUGGAGUGGUUCACAGUUUUCGAUCAGUACCGCAGAACCAGCUGUGUUGUUUCCGACCUCAUCAUGGGUAAUGAAUAUGUCUUUCGAGUCUUUGCCAUCAACAUGGUGGGUCAUAGCCCAGAUGCCUGCAACACAAAAGACAGCAUCUACAUCCAGAAAACCGGAAUGGAGUGGAAGCCUGCCACCUACAAGGAUCUGGACUUCUCACAGGCUCCUAAGUUCACGCACCCAUUAGUGAACCGUUCGGUCAUAGCAGGGUACAAUGCCACUCUUAGCUGCUCCGUCAGCGGCAUCCCCAAGCCAAAAGUGACCUGGUACAAAAACAAGAUGGACAUCACAAAUGAAGCCAAAUACAGGAUGCUCAGUAAGCACGGAGUGCUGACCUUGGAAAUUCGAAAGCCUUGUCCAUUCGAUGGAGGGGUGUACAUGUGCAAAGCUGUCAAUGCUAGCGGGGAAGACGUUGUGGAGUGUAAGAUGGAGGUCCGCCCUCAAAUUGCAAAAGAAGAAAAGAAGUAAGCUGGCACAAUUCAUUGUUUGCCAAACUACUCUCACUGAGUGGUCACCUUUUGUUGGACAUGUGAAGCUUUCCACCUUGGUUGCAAUUUCCUUUGCAAUCAACUCACACCCAUGUGGUAUAUCCCAAAGAUGUACAGUACAUGUCAAACUAUAUAACAAUAAAAGUAUUUUUUGUCUGUCAAUCACA